GCAACCUUUUUUGUCUUUCCAUUCCCCAUCUCCCAAUUUUUUGCACAAUGAGGUGGCUGUCGUCAUUUCUGCUUCUGGUGCUGCUUGGUGUGGCGCAGGCGUUGAGUUCGUCGGGUAGGAAAUUGUUGGUUGUAUUGGAGGAGGCGGCGGAGAAGGAGCGGUUUGGGGGUUUCUUUGGGGACUUGGAAGCUCGAGGCUUUCAUCUUACCUUCGAAUCACCCAAAUCAACAUCUCUCUCCCUACUAAAACACGGUGAACGCGCGUAUGACCACCUCCUCCUUCUCCCCGCUAAAUCCAAGGGCCUUGGUCCCGCUCUCACCGCAAAUCAACUUCUCGAGUUCAUGAAGAAGGAAGGAAACAUCCUGCUUACACUCUCUGGCGACCACGCUACUCCCACCGCCGUUCAAUCGUUGCUGCUCGAACUCGACAUUCAUCUACCAUCGGACAGAACCUCGCUCGUUGUAGAUCACUUCAACUACGACGGCGAAUCGGCAAAGGAUAAACACGAUGUUCUGUUGGUACCGUAUCCCAAAGCCUCGCGACCUGAUGUCAAAAACUACUUCAGCGGCGAAGGCGUCAUCGCCGUCCCCCGAGCUGUUGGCCAAACCCUGGGCAACGAAUCUCCGCUCCUGGCGCCCAUUCUUCGCGCACCAAGCACCGCAUACAGCUACAACCCCAAAGACGAGGCUGAUAUCGUCGAAGACCCUUUUGCCGUCGGCGAGCAACUCAAUUUAGUCUCCACACUGCAAGCGCAUAAUUCGGCGCGCUUGACGAUCCUCGGGUCUGCAGAGAUGCUGCAGGAUGCGUGGUUCGAAGCCAUGGCGAGCCUUAAUGGCAAGGCGGUGAAGACUGCGAAUCGGGAUUUCGUGGCCAAGGUUUCGGAGUGGGCGUUCAAGGAGACUGGGGUGUUGAGGGUGGGGAAGAUGGUGCACUAUUUGAAUGAAGGGACUGGGAAGAAGAGCAAUUCGAGUGCGGCACUACCACAGAAUAAUCCGAAGAUUUAUCGAAUUAAAAAUGAUGUCUCGUUUCAAGUCCCCAUCUCCGAAUACUCCCACACCCACUGGACUCCCUUCACCCCUCCCCCUAGCGACUCGGUCCAACUCGAGUUCAGCAUGCUAUCCCCCUUCCACCGUCUCCCCCUUUCUCCCCUUUCCCAAACUGCCAAUUCCACGCUCUACGGCGUAUCCUUCAAAACACCUGACCAACACGGCAUCUUUAAUUUCCGCAUUAACUACCGUCGUCCUUUUUUGACCAAUGUGGAGGUGAAAGAACAGGUUACUGUGAGGCAUUUCGCACACGAUGAGUGGCCGCGCAGUUGGCAGAUUAGUGGGGCGUGGGUUUGGAUUGCAGGGAUUUGGGUUACGGUGGCGGGAUGGGUGGGGUUUGUGGCGAUUUGGUUGUAUUCUAGUCCUGCGGUAGGAGCGGCUAAGAAGACGCAGUAGAAGAGUUCGUUUGCUAGGAAGGAGGGGAUAGGCAGGAGGUCAAGAAGAGGAGGAGCGAAGUGCAAGACCAGGGGUUUGUGGAAGGAUCCAUGGAUGUAUUAUAUGGAGUUUGGACUUUGGGGAUUUUGACUAAAAGAAUAAACUGUUUUAGCCUGGCCGAGAUUACAAUCGUUAGAAAAUUAUCAUGCUCGAUGCUUUAACGGCUGGCAAGAGUGCAUUGGGAUGUUGGGGGCUGAAUGUGGUUAUAUAGGCGCUGAUGCAUCCAAAUCUAGGAUCCUGUCGGUAGAUGAACUGUUUCUCACGGUUCUAGUCCAUUCGUUAUAUGCAUGUUUAUCCUUCUAGGAGAAAGAAAUAGUU